UUUAGCUGUUGCUCUUUCAUUAGCUCCGGCUGUCGCACCCUCGGGUGGUAUGUCGAGCUGUGGUUCGUGGCUUCUUCUCGGACCUAGGAUCGAGUCCAAACCAAGCGGCCUUGGUGGCCUAACCCUAUCUACCGUAGGAGCCACAACUCUCACCACCGGCCCUGAAGGUAUCAACGCAUGGGUUUUCACCGGGCAUAACUACGUCAAGAUAACCAGUGACGGAAAGCUGGAUAUUGAGCGUGAUAGUUUCACAAUCGCGACUUAUCUUUACCAAGACGUACUUAGAGACGAAAUAAUCGUGGAGUGGAGAGGAAGAGGAGAUUUCGGAACUCACAUGUGCAUUUAUCAAGGCAAGCUUUUGAUCAACAUGGAUGCCCAUACUGGACGCAGCCUUGGUGAAUUUCAUAUUGCUCCACCAACUAAGAAAUGGUCGUUCGUAGGGAUCAGCUACAGUCAACAAACUGGCAAUUUGGUGAUGUGGGUCGAUGGUAAUGUUGUCAUCAAGAAUGUCGGAGCCAUAGGACUCCGAGACAUGUUGGGUGAUUUGUACGUUGGACUCAGGCCGGCAAAUGGUGGGUCCAAAUUCACGGGAAAGCUGGCCGGAACAACGCUGAUGAGAUGUGCAGUCAGUGGUAAGGCCCAGAUCGAGGAACUUAGGAAGCUGAUCAUAAGUAGAGCCAAACCUGGUGGUAUGUCGAGCUGUGGCUCGUGGCUUCUUCUCGGACCUAGGAUCGAGUCCAAACCAAGCGGCCUUGGUGGCCUAACCCUAUCUACCGUAGGAGCCACAACUCUCACCACCGGCCCUGAAGGUAUCAACGCAUGGGUUUUCACCGGGCAUAACUACGUCAAGAUAACCAGUGACGGAAAGCUGGAUAUUGAGCGUGAUAGUUUCACAAUCGCGACUUAUCUUUACCAAGACGUGCUUAGAGACGAAGCAAUCGUGGAGUGGAGAGGAAGAGGAGAUUUCGGAACUCACAUGUGGAUUUAUCAAGAAAAGCUUUUGAUCAACAUGGAUGCCCAUACUGGACGCAGCCUUGGUGAAUUUCAUAUUGCUCCACCAACAUAG